AUGGCUAAUCUAUCCAACAACUUUACCUACUGCGAUUUGGAAGAAUUCAGAAAACACUACAAGGAGAACAUUCACGGGUAUCUCAGCCUGACGGUCUGCAUAUUCGGAUCGAUAGCGAAUAUUUUCAACAUUUGUGUUUUGAGGAAGAUGAGAUCGCCCACCAACUGCAUACUGGUUGGUUUGGCCGUCGCGGACCUUUUAGUAAUGGCCCAGUACAUACCUUUUACCGUGCAUAGGAAUUUGCCAUCAUUACCGUUGUACUACACGCAUUUUAACUACAGUUGGGCGGUUUUCUACAAAUUCCAUUCCUUAUUCACCCUGGUUUUGCAUUUCAUCGCUUGCUGUCUGACCAUUAUCCUCGCCAUCUGGCGUUACGUCUACGUAUCUCAAAUUCACGCCAGCAACAUCUGCUCGGACCAAAAAAGAACGGUCAUAGUGAUACUAGUAACUUAUAUCGCCUGUCCCAUAAUAUGUUUCCCUAUGUAUUCCACUCUGGAAAUAAUGGGAUACAACCAGACCUGUGAUUUGAACGGAGUGAUAGUAUUAAAAGAAGACAGACCAAAGUAUCGAAAACUCAAGAACGAAACCAUCUUUAUUUUGCAUCCGAACGAUCCAAACUAUUUGAGCGUAUGGGUGUACAGUUUGUUGCUCAAGCUCCUGCCAUGCAUUUUGCUCACGAUCUUAUCGUACAAGAUAAUAUCUGCCCUAUUAGAAACGAGGAGAAGGAGAAUUAAGCUCCUAAGUUCGAGCAGCCCCCUGCAAAGUGGCAGUAGACGUCCCAAAUCCAGCACGAUUCAACUUUACAAGGAAAACCAGGCGGAUCGGACCACAAAAAUGCUGCUGGCUGUGUUGCUGCUCUUCCUAGUCACCGAAUUCCCUCAGGCGAUACUUGGUCUGACUAGUGCCAUUUACGGGCAACAGUUCCUCGAUGAAUGUUACGCGGCUUUGGGUAAGUCUUGA